ACAAUGAUAUUUUUUUAGAAUAUAUUUUGUACAAAAAUUUAUUACUUAUUUGUGUUAUACUCAUUAUACUUGCAUCUUGGCUUCCAAACCGUUUAUUUUAUUUUACUCUGCACGACAAAGCUACGAAAUAUUAACUUCGAAAUUAAUUUCUAUUGAGGGAGCCGGCAUCGCGACCAUUUUGAGUACUUUUAAAAGCGAUUAAAGAAAUGGCAACUGAUGCACCUAUGACACCUUUGGAUGACACCUAUAAUCGUGGGGUAGAAGAUUACAGAAAAGAACAAGAUGAGCGUCGUGAUUAUCAGAGAAGCUUAACACCAAAUCAUAGUCCAGCUCAAAGAAGUAAUAGCCCUGGUAGGAGACGCAGUAGAAGUCGAUCACCAUUGCGAAGAAGAUCUCGAUCACGUUCAAGGUCUCCUCGUCGUCACAGGGAUAAUCGUAGUGGAGGUGGUUAUAGAAACGGGAGCAAUAUUGGCAGAACUGUUCGUGAUAAAUCUUGUCGUGUUUAUGUUAGUAAUUUAAAUUAUGACACAAAAUGGAUGAAUCUUAAAGAUUUUAUGAAAAAAAUUGGAGCAGUUGAACAUGUAGAAAUAUUUACAGAUGGUGAAGGUCGAUCAAAGGGAUGCGGUGUUGUUGAGUUCUCACACAGUGACGAUGCCGCUCAGGCUAUUAAAGAACUAGAUGGAGGGGAGUUAGCUGGUCGUAAACUAAGACUCCGUGAGGAUAUUAUGGAUGACACAACAUACAAAGAGCAGCUUAAAACACAAAAAGAUAAGUCUCAAGCUAUUAAGCAUAGAGAAAAUGAUCGGCUUGCGUUAUCACAAAAUACUUCAUCAUUAGGCCUUAAUUUAGGAGGAGGUUUGGGUGGCUUGAGUGCACUGUUUGGUGCACAAAACCAUCAGCUUCAAAUUUUGACAAUGCUGAAUAGCAAAGGUGGUGAAUCUAUCAACAGCUCAGUAUUUGUCAGCAAUCUUGAUUAUGAAUUAACAUGGCAAAAGCUAAAAGAUUUAUUUCGUAAAGUUGGUAACUGCGUUCGUGUAGAUAUUGCUCAAGGAGAGGACAAUCGUUCUAAGGGAUUUGGAAGUGUAGUUUUUGAAACUCCAAUGGAAGCAUUAAGUGCUAUUGCUAUGUUCAACGGUACAGAGGUUGGGCCUCAUAGAAGACAAAUGAGUGUUAGAUUGGAUCGAAGUGCAAGUCUUCACCAAUUACUUGGUCAACUUGGUAUAAAUUCUAAUGAUAUCAAUCAAAAGACAUUAAUUCAACUUCAAUCUUUAGCUACAGUUGCAAUGCUUGGUGUAGGAAGUCUUGGUGGAGGCCUUGCCGGACUUGGUGGUUUAGGAGGAGCAUUGGGUGGUCUCAGUGCUGCGUUAGGUACCGCAGCAUCGGGCACUGGUUAUGGAGGUCUUCAAGCCGGUCAGACUAGUGUAGCAAACCAGUCAUUAGCUGGUUUAUCAAGUUUACAGAGUUCUUUAAGUGGUCUAAGCUCUUUGAUCAAUGGCGUCGGUUUGUCUGGGUCCGGUCUCUCUUCGUUAGGAAACUAUGGUACAUCAGGUGGAACAGGCAGUUACGGAAUUUCAACAAGCAGUUAUGGACAAUCAGGAAAUACAGGUGGAGAUAAUUACAAUUCUGUUAAUACUUCCUCAAAUGCUGGAGGUAGUAGUCAGUCGAGUCGCAGAGACAGUAGUGGUGGAAGAUACGGAAGUACAGGCACUCGUGUAUUUAUAAGAAAUCUACCUUUUUCUUUGCGGUGGCAAGAGCUAAAAGAUAAGUUUAGAGAAGCUGGUAAAAUAGUACGUGCCGAUAUCAUGAAAAUGGAUGAUGGAAGAUCGAAAGGUUGUGGCACCGUUACUUACGAAACAACUGCUGAAGCUAAUCGUGCUGUCACUUUAUUUAAUGGCUAUCGUUUGGAUGGACGACCAAUGGAAGUAAAAAUCGAUAUGUUGUUUUAAUACUAUACUAAAAUAAAUCUUUUAAAACUAGCCUAACAUGCCUAAAAGAUUAUAAA